AGGGCGUCUCUCUAAACGAUUUGUGCCCGCCCGGGCGCCGCAUCGCGCCUCGCCUGGGUGCCGCAAGCCAUGGCAAGGGCCCACCUGCUGACAGCGGAGGGAUUCGAAGAUCCCAAAGCCUUCGUCGCUGAGUUGACGCGACAGACCUACGCUGUGGUGGCCGCGAAAGACGCCGGAAGGAACUGGCGCUUUCACCCUGCGGCCAAGACUGUGCAGCGGGGGGCGCGAUUGCUGGGCAGCAGCGCGGAGAAGGAAGGCUUCGCUUGGAGCUACAAGCGCCAGGCGGUAAAGGAGCGCACCCAGGUCCGGCGGAGCUGCCAAGGCAAAUGCCACAUGGACCUAGACUUAGAGGCGUUGGAGGCGUUGGAGGGCGAGCAGCUCAUGCUGAGCUGCUUCGACUGCCUGGAGCUGGUGGCGCAACGCGCCUUUGAGGCCUACUGCUUGGCGGAGAAUCUCGAGGUGCAGCAGGCGGCGCAGGCCUUCGGAGACUUCUCCUUAGGCGUCGACCGAGGCAAGGGCAAGUCGGUGCUGAAUCUUUACCACUACUUCAGCGGAGUGGAGGAGGAGCCCUGCCGGGCCCACUGCGACCCCGGGCUCCUCACCGUCCUCUGCCGCAGCUCCGGCCGCGGCCUCGAGGCCCAGCGGCCCAUCGCAGCCUCGUGCACCCCCGGGCGCCCGGCGGCCUACGAGGAGGUGUGGCAAGACAUGGAGGCGCUCAUGGAUGCCGCGACGCAGGAGCUCGAGGAUGCAGUGCCCUUCCUUGUGAUCACCGGUGAGACCUUGGAGCGCCUCAGCGGGAACUGCCAUCCCGCCUGCCUGCACCGCGUGGCUCACACGGACGCGCCACGGUUCAACGUGGCCUUCGAGCUGCGGCCGAGGUGCAACGUUUGGCAUCCCUGGGCGACUUCUUUGGCGCAUGCAGCCUUAGACAUGGACAGAGAAGCAGACGAGAACGGAAGAAACCUCUUGAACAACAAGGGAACCUGUUUGCUCCGCUUGAAAGCAGAGGACAAGGAACUCAUCGACCUCAUGACCAUGCUGGCGAAGGCCGCCGGCUGGGACGAAGAGCAACGGCUUGGGGUCUUGCCCGAUGACAUCCUGAACCACCUCACUACUGUCGAGUACGACAGCAUUAACACUCCAACUGUGGAUCAGGGACAAAACUAUGCUGAGGUCUAUGUGGGGCUGACCUUGGAGGAGCCACGACGAAGGCUGUGGAUCUUGCUGGGCCUGGCAGUUUUUGAGCUAUGGCGACGUGAGUCGGAGUCCAGGGCCUUCGUGACCGAGAAGAUAGCCUCUUCGGACCUCGACGACGAUGAGCCGGACAAAAGAGGGCCGCUGGGCUGGUUGCACUACGAUGUGAUCUUGGCGUCCCGAACCUCUUACCCCGUCGCCUUGAUGAUUGGCUUUACCUGCUACGGCAAUGUGAUGCUGCGCAAGGAGUGUGGCGACAAGCGAUAUCCCUCGUGGAUCUUCGGCUGGCUGCUGGGCAUGGUGUGCUACACUUACCCAGGGGCUAUCUUCUCGGACCUCGUGUUCGUGUCCGGCGCGCCCCAGCGUGCCCUGAGCAACGACAACAUCUUCUUGUGCUUCAGCUUCUGGUACCUCGUGGUACAGUACUCUGACACGGCCUAUCGGCUCCUGCAGCAGCAGCACGUCUUCAUUUGGCUCACCACCUGGUGGCUGGCGGACGCCACCCGGGCCUCGCUGCUGUUCCUGGAGCGUGCCGUGGCCAUCCAGCCAGUGUUCGCGCGGGGCGUGUGGCAGGCCUUCGUGUGGUGCGUCGCGGGGCCCACCGCCCGGCUCGUUGAGAAGAGCAUUCGCGGCGUGCCGGUGCCAACUUUGGACAAGGUGCAGCCCAAUAGCAUGAACAUCCUGAAGUUCCCGCUCAUCGCGAUGUUCUGGAACAUGAUUUUCUACAUGGUCUACUUGGCGUAUUUGACGGAUUGCCAGUUCUUGAGCGCCACGCCUAAGAUGGACAUGGUCGAAUGCGGGGCGGCGCAUGAGGACUUCUACGGGUUUUGCACCUAUCUGCCCUGCGUGAUGCACUUGUGCCGAGCGUACUGGGCCAUGUACUCACAAGGAGGUCUUGUCAUCUUCGGGGACGGCUUCUGCAUGGGUCGCAGCCACGUGCUGCCAAAGUGAGUCGAAACGGACCUUCGCCCAGCCGGAUACAGCGAAUCAGCUACCCCCCCCGGUCCCCCCAGCCGGUUGGGGGAAAAGAUAGCCAGGGGACAUCAGGGGACCAUCCCCAAGACAUGAUUUGGUUCACCUCAGAG